AUUAAACAAUCUUCGUCUUCCCGAAACCCUAGCCCUAGCACGCAGCAGUCGACUGACACUAUCAAUCUUCAGAGCUUCAGUCGGAAAUGGCGCCAGCUAAAGUUGAUAAGGCCAAGAAAUCGGACCCAAAGGCGCAAGCCUUGAAGACGGCUAAGGCUGUAAAAUCAGCGACUUUUAAGAAAUCUUCGAAGAAGAUCCGCACGAAGGUUACGUUUUACCGACCGAGGACAUUGAAAAAGGACAGAAGUCCGAAGUACCCUCGUAUAAGCGCACCCCCUCGCAACAAGCUUGACCAUUACCAGAUUCUUAAGUUUCCGCUGACAACCGAGUCUGCGAUGAAAAAGAUCGAGGACAACAACACCUUAGUCUUCAUUGUCGACAUUCGUGCCGACAAGAAGAAGAUCAAGGCUGCUGUCUUUAAGAUGUACAACAUUCAUACCAAGAAAGUCAACACCCUUAUCAGGCCUGAUGGGACGAAGAAAGCCUAUGUAAGGUUGACUCCCGACUACGAUGCGUUGGACGUUGCCAACAAAAUUGGGAUUAUCUAAGUGAGUGGAGGGCGGCACCGCACCCCCUGCAGAUUUAUGUUUAUGCUUUUUUUAUUUUUAUUUUAAAGGACAAAACAGAUUUUUUGUAAGUCAAAUCUAUUUCGUUUAGGUUUUUGAUCCACUCAUAUAUGCUUCGAUUUUCUUGAGUAAUGUUCGAAUUUUGAUUAAAUUUUGUUACUAGUUGAUGGUUUUGUUUUUCUUUCAUGCAAUUUUGAGCCUGUCUAUGAAGAUGCAUGAGUGGAUCAAAUAUAAGUGCACAAGUUUAUUUGAUUAGGUUGAUAAUCCAGAUUCUGGAAUUUUGGAAUCGGAGCUGUCAUCAAAGAUUUUUUGUAA